UCUCGCUCCUCCUGUAAGCGGCGCUGUAGGUUCGUUCCUGACGCCCCUUAACUUUUUCUUCCAAUAAAGUUUUGUUUGCGCGUGUGCCCAGCUUGCAGUGCGAAGAUGGCGGAGAGCUCCGAGAGGAUUCCGCCUCCACUGCCGGAUUUGGAGGACCUGGACGGGGACUCUGGGGACGGUGAUGAGAUUGACGACUUACAGGGAGAAGAUAUCUUCAUCGGAAAUAGCACAAAUCUGAAAGAGCCACAGAGAGAAGAUCCUAUCUUUCCACCAAGCAGUACAAAUUCCGUGGCAGCAGCCAGUGCACCUGCAUCCAAAAAUCCCACCGAUUCCGUCAAAAAGGCAAAUGGAAUACGCUCAGAUGAAGAUGAAGAGGAUUUGUUUUCAGAAGCCACCAUAGAGUUGUCCCUGGAUAGCUCUCGUGGUGACCAGAAGAAAGAUGGUGACAAUUCAUUUUCUGCCCCCCGACCCACUACAAAGAGUGCUAUGAAACUACAAGCUAGUACCCUUGAGGAGCUCGAAGAGGAAGAAGCAGAGGACAAAUUUGAACUAAAUAUUGCAGUCACCAAUCCUGAAAAAGUUGGGGAUGGCAUGAAUGCUUACAUGGUGUACAAAGUUGCAAUGCAGACAAAUCUGCCAAUGUUUAAGUCUAAAAUGUUUACAGUGAAAAGGCGGUUCAGUGAUUUUCUUGGCUUAUAUGAAAAACUUUCUGAAAAGCACUCUCAAAAUGGAUAUAUUAUACCUCCGCCUCCAGAGAAAAGUAUACUAGGUAUGACCAAAGUAAAAGUUGGUAAGGAAGAUUCCUCUUCUGUAGAGUUUGUAGAAAGGAGGCGUGCUGCACUAGAAAGAUACCUUCAGAGAGUCGUUAACCAUCCAUCAUUAUUACAAGAUCCUGAUGUCCGGGAUUUCCUAGAAAAAGAAGAGUUGCCUCGUGCUGUUGGAACUCAAACACUGAGUGGAGCAGGCUUUUUGAAGAUGAUCAACCGAGCCACUGAGGCAGUUAACAAGAUGACCAUAAAGAUGAAUGAAUCUGACAUUUGGUUUGAGGAGAAGCUGCAAGAGGUUGAAAGUGAAGAACAGCAGUUGAGGAAGCUGCAUGUUGUGGUGGAAACCCUUGUGAAUCACAGAAAAGAACUGUCCAGUAACACUGCCAUCUUUGCAAAGAGUGUGGCGAUGCUUGGCAGUGCAGAGGACAACACAGCACUAUCGCGGGCACUUUCACAGCUGGCAGAGUUAGAGGAUAAGAUUGAGCACCUCUAUCAAGAGCAGGCGGGGAAUGACUUCUUCAUACUUGGAGAGCUGCUAAGUGAUUAUAUACGCCUCUUGUCAGCAGUCAGGGGAAGUUUUGACCAGAGAAUGAAGACCUGGCAAAGAUGGCAGGAUGCCCAAAACAUAUUGCAAAAGAAAAGGGAAAAUGAAGCCAAACUACUAUGGGCCAACAAACCUGACAAACUGCAGCAGGCAAAAGAUGAGAUUGCAGAGUGGGACUCAAAAGUAUCACAGUACGAGAGAGACUUUGAAAGGAUUUCAGCCACUGUUCGUAAAGAAGUUCUUAGAUUUGAGAAAGAGAAGAACAAAGAUUUUAAGAGUCAACUUGUGAAAUAUCUUGAAACACUUCUACACUUGCAGCAGCAGCUUAUAAAGUACUGGGAGGCAUUUAUACCGGAAGCUAAAGCAAUUGCAUAAGGAAACCAAGGAUUCAACAUUCAGCUCAAGUUCUGCCUUUUUGAACACUUUACCUCUCACUUUGUGAAGAAAAGACAAGCAACUCAUCCAUCUUACUGAGGAUUUAAAAAAACAAAUGAAAAUGAUUACAACUUCUUGUCUUGUUACAUUAACAUUGUAUUUUUAUUUAAUAGCCAUAUAUAUAUAUUCUAAUGAAGAUGUUUAUUAUACAAACCUUGAAAACCUUGGGUGGUGUGUAGAUGUUUUUGCCCUUUGAAAAUAGUAAAUGGAAGCCUUUAAUAUAGUAUCACUAACCUGUUAGUAGUUUAACAGCACAAAUGGGCAAAUAACUGGGGUAACGGUAUUGGAAUAUAUUUACUUCUUGGUGCUCAUGUCUGUUUGCUAGUUUGGGAAAUCUUGGGCAACAUCUAGUAUUCUGUUAAUUAAUAUAGGUCAAGAUUAUAAUGGUAUUUUCAUCCAGAACUAGAAUAAUCUUGGGUUGUAAUUCUAUUAUCUUUUUUUUUAUUGUUAACCACUUUUUAAUUAUCAUCUUCCUCCUCUUUGCUAUUAUAAUGAGGAUUUUUUUUGUUAUCAUAAUAAACUGAUCCAAAACUGAUUAUGAAUUUUCUACUUUACCUCGCAUUAAACCUUAACACUUCAAUGUGUGUUUUGGCAGGUUUUGUUACAGAAGCUUGAAGUGCCUUUUCCUCGUAAGUGGCGAGCAGAGUUUGUCUUGGCUGCUCAUGUCCAAAUUUUAACAUGCACAAGGACCAUUGAGCUUGCUUUGUAUGUUUCUUCCAAAGAGAACAGCAGGUGUGCACUGUUAUCUGUCAACUGUGAACCAGUAUGACACACUGUACUCCCAGUUAAAAAUGAAUUUGACAAUGUUUGAGUCGUUUUGGAUAUCUGCACUUAAUGGCUUCUGAUUUUUAGAUAGUGUACAGUCAUAGCUUACAAGGACAGUGUCAACAUAUACUCAGACUUUCUCUAUUUAAAUCAACACUAUUGUUUAGAUCAUAAAGUACGUAAUUUUCUGCAAAAAUCAUGCUUGUUUUCAGUCCCAGAAAAAAUUUGGUUGGAAAAGUACAAUGAAGUGUUCUAAGCUGGCUGUGUCAUUUGAUGAAAGAUAUUUUUUUUUCUUGCUGAUACCAUGGGGUCUCUUGAGGCAAUUCUCCAACUGCUGAUAUUUACAUUUUUACUCUUUCCUCAAGACUGUUCUCACUAGAUACAGUAUGAUUAGCCCUAAAUGUCACAAUGUCUCAAAUCAUUUUUAAUGAGAAGAGAUUUUCCUAAAAAAUAAAGUAAAAAAAAAUAUAUAUAAAGUUGUGUUAAUAUAAACUGUUGUACCUUGAGCUCAUAAGUUCACAUUUUAAAUAAAGAAUUUAUUAAAUAA